CCUCAACUCUCCUGCAACUCCUUCAACCACCAACGAGAUGCCUCAGAUCGUCUUCUCGCUGCCCCUCCCUCUCGUCCACCGUGCCCGUUGCUGCGGUAACUCCCUUGUUCCGAUCCAAUCUGCAUCGCGGACCGGUUCCUGUCGCGAAAGCUGCCAGGAUCAGCCCCCGAGUCAAUCUCGUUCCUGGCACCCUCGAGGCCUGAUGAUUGGGAGAUCGCGAGUCUCCUCAGCUGAUGGAGUCUCUCGCCAAUCCUCCAGACCACUCAGAGUCCCUGCACGUCAUUUCCGCUAGGCGAGGGGUAUCGAGAAUCGCGAAUCUAGUCGAGAUCGACCGAUCAUGGGGCAGAUCCGGAGUAGUUCUGUGGUGUUGACAAGGGCUGUACACAAAUCAGGACUGCUAGUGAGGAUCGGAGACUCUCGACGCUACUCUCCUGCUAACAUGCAGCUAUCCAGAUCUCUCCGCGGGCUCCCGCAUCUUUUUUUUUU